UUCUCCUUAGCAACUAAGAAGGUUUGGACAUGGCUGCCAUGUGAAAGCUGUUGCUCUGCAUAUUGGAUAUAUAUAUUAUUUUCCAGAAGUAAAUUAGCUACUAUGGCAGCCACUAGUGCCCAGACAAAGCCAGCAGCAGGAAGGUCAUGGCUUGACUUCCGUAGUAAAAAAACAGAAGCAAAUCCCAAAAACACACUUUUUGGAAGUGUUUUGGAGCGCCAGGAUAAAGAGUCUCUGCAGCAGUUGGAAAAAAUAGACGUCAAAGCAUAUGAACAACAAGAGCUUCAAAAGAAAGAACAGCAGAGGAGAAGGGCAAGAGCCCAGCCUGAGCUGCCAGAACACUUAAAGAAAAACCUUCCAGGUGAUGAGGUUUUGCUGCAUACUAAAGAUGAGCUGAAAACUCAGAAAACAAGAGCAGAACGACUUAAUGAGGUAAUGGACACCAACUCCCAGAAGGCUCUUAACUUCGAAGUGAGAAAGUCAAAUGUCCGUUCACCCUUCUCUGAGACAUCUUCAAAACCUCAUCACUGGAUCAAGGAGGAGGACAUCCAACAUGCUGCCGAGAUAAACAGGGUUGGCUUGGGAAGUACUAGGGCCUACAACAGAGAUAAACAUGGUGAUAAAGGACCUGCCCAUAGAUAUGCACUAAUUGGAGAUCCACUCAGGAAAGAUAUGGAUUUCAAUGAGGAUGUUUAUGGAGAAAGGGCUUCUACAGCUUUUAUCGAGACAACCGCAGAAAGACUAGGUUUUCCUUCAUUUAAGCUGCAGAAAACAAAGAAAGAUGUGUCAAAAGAGGCCAACAAGUAUGAUCUGCCACAGAACAUCAGGCAUCAGUUUGGGUCCAAAGAGGUUGACAGACUACUCGCAGAUCAAGCACUUGUUAAAAGGACCCUAGAAGAGCAGGAGCUGCAGAGGAAACAUCUUGCCCGUGCCAGAUCUGAUCUCACCGGAGCAUCACUAAAGUACGGGCCUAUAGAUCCUGCCUAUGAGAGCCUGAGUAAUUCCGUACGCCAGAAUAUCUGCCCAGGCUACACUUUCCCACGCUUCAACAUCAGCCACAACAAAGAAAUGUACAAUGAUAAUAUCUUCAAAACAAGAUACAGCGACCCUGAUGAGUAUAGAAUGCAGAAGGAUGAACUAGGUAGAUGGUCAGAGUUCAGUGUUUUGCACGAAAAGAUGAAGAGGAAAUAUGACCAGUACUUAGCUUCACUUCCCAAAGCAGAGCGUAACUGGGACAAGGAUGCCAAGAGACCACCUAAGCCACCUGAUCCAAAACCACCAAAACAAAAGCCUAAGCCAAAACCUCCCAAGCAAGCCAAAGGAGACAUGGUUGUUGAGGAUGUUGAGUUUCGUACUCCACCAUUGACUCCUCCUCCUGAAAAGAAGGCCGAUAUUCAACCAUUACCAACUGUCACAAGAGAUGAUGAAUUCUGGGACUUUUUUGACCAACCUGUUCCAAAAUUACCUUAAUGCUGGUCCCUCCUUGUUGUAUUUUAUUUAAUUUCAUUGUGUUUGGUGAGCAAAUUUUACAUUUCAAACCAGUUAUUUAAAGAAUAUUUUUAAUCAAACAUAGUGAAAUUAUGUAUUUUAACUUCAAGGAGAUGCUCACUUUAUUUUGGGUCACAUGCAAUUCCUUUGGUGCUUUUACAGUACAUUACUGAACUUUGUCGUAUGGCAGAUUGAUUGUUAAAAUCUCUACAUUAAGGUGCCUCUUAAUUAUGUGGUAUGCUUGGUGAUUCAGGUUGGAGAUUUAACAUUUGUGGUAGCAUACAUUGUCAAAAUUGUGAUAUUAAAAAUCUUGAUUAUUUUACGUUUCAAUGAAUUUUAAGCAUUGCUUCCUGUUUUAUUCCCAAACUUUACACUUUCUCUGAUGUUAAAAAAAAUAUAUAUGUAUAUUUCAAAUACCAUGCAGGGUUGUUUACACCGGUCUUCUGAUUAUAUAUUUAUA